CACGCAGCUACAAGCAUGUCGGACAAGCAAGACCCUAGCGGUCGCCCUCAUUCUGAACAGCAACAAGCUGACUAUGGAGCUUACCAGCAAUGUACUUUGAUACUCGAGACAGAGAAUUUUUAAAAUGGGGAUUUUACCUUUUUGCCGUUAGACGAUCUCACCUUUUUUCUGAUCUGCUAGACGAUCAACAAAGCGCCUAUGGUUAUGACUAUUCAGCAGCACAAUACACAGAUCCCUCUGCCUAUGGUCAGCAGCCACAAGCAGGAGCAUAUGAUUCAUCUUCCUACAAUCAGCAAUCAUAUGGAUCUAACUAUGGCUCUUAUGACGCCUCUAACGAUGGAGGUAAAGGUCAACGAUAUGGUGGAGAUCACAGUGCAGGUUAUAGGGAGAGAGAUAGCGGCCGUGACAAUGAUCGCUAUGGAGACUCUCGUGGCUCUUAUUCUCGAAGAGAUAACUAUCAAGAUCAACCGCCACGACAGGAUGAAGGCUUAGAACCAGGAAUGGAGAAAGCUCACGAUACUAUCUACAUUACAAACCUACCUGAUACUGUGACUGAAGAAAAGUUAGCCGAAGUAUUUGGCUCCAUCGGUAUCAUCAAACACGAUAGAAAGAAUGAUAAACCAAAAAUUUGGAUUUAUACCGACAAGGCUACAGGCAAACCAAAAGGCGAUGCCACUAUCACAUAUGAUGAUCCGCCAACUGCUGAUGCUGCUAUAGACUGGUUUGGAAACAAAGACUUUAUGGGCAACAUUAUAAAGGUCGAUAAAGCAGUCCGAAAGGCUUGGACUGGCGGCGGUGGCCGCGGCGGCGGUGGCGGUGGUCGAGGAGGAGGUCGUGGAGGUUAUGGCGGCGGCGGCGGUGGUGGUCGAGGAGAUUUUUCAGGUGGACGUGGCCCCCCUCCUCCUCGCGAUGGCGACUGGUCUUGCGAAAGGUACAUUUAAUUAGAUGCAAUCUUAGAUUUAUUCAAAUGGCUUGAUCUAACCUCGGUU